UUAAUCAUGUUAAACUUGUUUUGCAUAGUUACCGUGCUUGUUUUAUUUAUCAACACUUUAAAACCACUUGUACCAAACGUCGAUAAAAAAUUGGAAAGUUUGGUCAUCGUUAAAGUUAUUCCCGAUCAACAAUACCCACCGACGAAAGGGGAAGUGUGGCCAAAACCACAACAGCAGAUUAAAGAACAGACUUAUUUUAAACUAUCACCUUCAGUUUUUAAAUUUACGGAAAAGGGGGAAACGUGUGAAAUAUUAAAAAAUGCUAUUGAACGAUACACCAUAGUGCUAAGGGACAUACACCGCAUAGUGUGCAGACAUUCCAAGAAAAAAUGGAAGCAUGCGGAAACUCGGAAACUGGAUACAAAUCCCGACUACAAAGGUACGCUGGAAGAACUGCAGAUAAACCUCAGCAGACCGUGCGAGGCCUACCCACACAUGGAUAUGGAUGAAAACUAUAGUCUCAACGUUUCUGCAGUGUCGUCGCUGACCAGUGACUCCAUAUGGGGCAUACUGAGGGGCAUGGAAACCUUUGCACAGUUAUUCUACUUGUCUAACGGGUAUAAAGAUGUUCUCAUCAACUCGACACAAAUCGUGGACUUCCCGAGAUACCCGUAUCGAGGGCUGCUUAUCGAUACAUCGAGGCAUUACCUCAGUGUCGCUAACAUCCUCAAAACCUUGGACGCUAUGGAAAUGAACAAGAUGAAUGUUCUGCACUGGCACAUUGUGGAUGACCAGAGCUUUCCUUAUCAGAGCGAGAAGUUCCCGCAACUAAGUGAACAAGGUGCCUACGACCCCUCGAUGGUCUACACGAAGGCUAACAUCAAUAAGAUCGUCAAAUACGCAAGAGACAGGGGGAUACGGGUACUGCCUGAAUUCGACGUACCAGGACACACGAAGUCAUGGGGCGCAGCAUACCCAGGAAUUCUUACACAAUGCUAUGAGUCCGGCAAAGUAGUAGGCUUGGGGCCUAUGGACCCAACGCAGAACACCACGUACAAACUAAUACGCGAGCUGUUCCGUGAAGUGCAGGAUUUAUUCCCCGACAAAUACUUCCAUCUUGGAGGUGACGAAGUUGCUAUGGACUGCUGGAGAUCAAACCCAGACAUUUUGAAUUUCAUGGCUCGCCACAACAUGACUAGCACCAGUGAACUGCACGCGUACUUCAUGACUAAGGUUCUUCCUCUGUUGGGCCAGAAGUCUAAGCCUAUAGUCUGGCAGGAGGUCUUCUAUGACGGUGCGGUGUUACCUAGUGAUGCCAUCAUACAAGUGUGGAAAACUAUUGGACCGCAGGAUAUGAUUGCAAUCCUGUCCAAACGUCACAAAGUCAUUUACUCCUCGUCCUGGUACCUAGACCAACUCAGUAAUGGCGGAGAUUGGUACAACUUCUACGUUUUCGAUCCUCGGCGCAUUAUAGAUUCCAAAUCAUUGAAACUAGAAGAUAUUGUUGGCGGUGAAGCUUGUAUGUGGGGAGAAGUAGUUGAUGAUACCAACUUCAUUGCUAGGGUGUGGCCUCGAGCCAGCGCUCCUGCGGAAGUUCUGUGGUCUGCCUUGAAUCCUCAAUACACCCUCUCUAAUGGAAGUGAGAUCGCCAGCCGUCUAGAGGAGCAUGUCUGUCGAAUGAACCGUCGCGGGAUUCACGCCCAACCAGCCAACGGCCCAAGCGUUUGCAUCGGGAGAAUAUAAUAAUGUUAGAAAAACAUAGUUAUUAUAUCAAUUAAAAAUGUAUUUAUUACACUUGUUUUACACAUUUUUAAGUAUAAAAAAACAUUAAGAAAUAUAAAAAGCAGCACGUAGGCCACCACUCCACCAGUAACGGGAGAAAUCCAAGCUACACGGUAGCCCUAAACACGGAAUCAGGGCUCCAGAGAAGGAUUUCUAAAAUAAUAAGAUCGUUGUGACUAGGCACUGGACACUCCUCUUUUUACUGGGAUAGGAUUAAGAUAUGAUGUCGUUGUGGUGCAGUGAGUGAGGAGUUUGGAGUGCUUAAUCAACACAAUUUAACUUUCCACAGAACCGUAGUUUUUGCAAAUGAUGUGAUUUGUCUUAUAAAAGAACAUAAAUAUCUAGCUGCCGCAUGAACCGA